UUUCCAACAGGGAACAGAGCGGCAUCACUGUGUGUGUAUUGUCAAAGCUCCGAGCCUGACAGCAAGCCAAAAUAACCCGCAGUUUAUGCCACCUCAGGGUGAUUCGAUUAGGCUCGUCUUAAUUUUAAUAGUUUUAAUCGACUAACAUCUCUGAAAAUGUUCAUCGCGGACAUAAGAAAGGAUUUUUAUGAAGUUGUCGCCAACCAGAGAGUCGUGCUCCUGGUGGCACCAGACAUUGACGCUCUCUGCGCCUGUAAAAUACUGCAGGCCUUGUUUCACUGUGACCAGAUCCAGUAUACACUUGUGCCAGUUACAGGCUGGCAGGACCUUGGCACUGCCUUCCUUGAACACAAAGAGCAGUUUCGAUACUUUGUUCUCAUCAACUGCGGAGCAAAUGUUGACCUCCUUGAGAUGCUGCAGCCAGAUGAUGACUCCAUCUUCUUCAUCUGUGACACUCACCGGCCUGUAGAUGUGGUCAAUGUCUACAAUGAUACCCAGAUUAAGCUGCUCAUCAAACAGGACGACGACCUCAGCGUGCCGUCGUAUGACGAUAUCUUUCGAGAUGAAGAUGAGGAAGGAGAAGACUCUGGAAAUGAGAGCGAUGAAGGCUCAGAGCCGUCUGGGAAACGCAGAAGAUUUGAUGAGGGGGCUGUCGAAAGGAGAAUUGAAAGGCAGCGAGCCAAGAGGGAGUGGGAGGCUCGAAGGAGGGAAAUCCUGUUUGACUAUGAGCAGUAUGAAUAUCACGGCACCUCGGCUGCGAUGAUGUUUUUUGAGCUUGCAUGGGUCUUGACUAAAGAUACCAAGGAUAUGCUGUGGUGGGCCAUCAUCGGGCUGACAGACCAGUGGGUUCAUGAUAAAAUCACAAAUAUGAAGUAUGUAACCGACAUCGCUACUAUGCAGCGACACGUUUCCCGACAUAACCACCGAAACGAGGAUGAGGAGAACUCGCUCUCCAUCGACUGUAUGAGGAUCUCCUUUGAAUACGAUCUUCGUCUUACCCUUUACCAGCACUGGUCUCUGUAUGAGAGCAUUUAUAAUUCCUGUUACACUUCCUGCAGCUUCAAGCUCUGGACCUUAAACGGCCAAAAGAAACUCCAGGAGUUUUUAGCAGACAUGGGACUGCCGCUGAAACAAGUGCGUCAGAAAUUUAAUUCCAUGGAUAUGUCAAUCAAAGAAAACCUGAGGGACGUCAUUGAGGAGUCCUCCAAUAAAUACGGUAUGAAGGACAUCCGCAUCCAGACGUUUGGCGUUCACUUCGGCUUUAAGAACCGCUUCCUGGCCAGCGACAUGGUGCACGCUACUGCUGCCUUGCUGGAGAGUGCUGAGAAAGAUGACAGCGAGACUGACAACUUCAUCAAGGCUCUCGAUGCCCUUUCUAGGAGCAACAUCGAUCGUCUGCAUUCGGGUAUUGAGCUAGCGAAGAAGAAGCUGAUUGCCAUCCAGCAAACGGUCGCCAGCUGCAUCUGCACCAACCUCAUCCUGUCGCAGGGACCCUUCCUCUACUGCUACCUCAUGGAGGGAACACCUGACGUGAAGCUGUUCUCCAAGCCCAUGGCGCUAACGCUGCUCUGCAAGUACCUCCUGAAGGCUUUUGUCCAUUCAACGAGAAAUAAACGCUGCAAACUGCUCCCGCUCGUCAUGGCUGCCCCCAAGGAUGUGGAGAAGGGAACUGUCAUUGUUGUGGGAAUCCCACCAGAGUCUGAGACGUCCGACAAGAAGAAUUUCUUUGGUCGUGCAUUUGAGAAAGCUGCAGAGAGCACGAGCUCCAGGACUCUUCACGACCACUUCGACACUUCAAUAAUUGAACUGAAGACUGAGGACAGGAGCAAGUUUCUGGAUGCGCUCAUCACUCUCCUUUCAUGAGAAACUGAAGCUCUCCCAGGGCGACUCUGAGUUUUCAGAUUGAGCCCACCGUCUCGGUUUGAACAGAUCAGCUGCUGGUCACAUGUGUCAGGCGUGUAAAAUGUCACCAGCACCAGAACUUUAUCCUUGGUUUUGUUUUUUAAGGUUUUAAGUGGUUUUUAUGUGUAUAUUGUACAGUGUUUUUGUAAAUGUGUUGUUUUAAAUUUGUCUUUUAUUCCCAAAUGUGAGAAGUUUUAAGUCAUUCACAUUUUAAACAUGUUUAAUAAAUCGUUUUAUAU